AUGUUUUCUUUUAUUGAAGAUAGCUCGAUUUAUAAUACACCUCCUAAAUUCUAGGCUAAGGAUAAAUAAAAAAUAAGUAAAGUAUCUCCAGAUUGUGUUUCAUUUUGUGGAGACAGUGAUAAUAAAUUUAUUUUUGAUGUAGAUGAUUUUCAUAAAGAUGAUUUGGAAUAGUAUUAACAAAAAGAUUUUGAUUUUUAAAGCAAAAUACAAUAAGAUGUCGAUGAUAAAAUUAAAGGAAUACGCAAUAUUUUAGGUAAGUUAGGUACUAGUCUCGAUAGGCUCAGAGGUGAAGUAGAUAGUAUGAUACAUCCAGAUUUUAUGGCAAAAAAAAUAUUUAAUUAAUAGCUAAGUUCAAAUCUAUUUAAUGGAAAUAAUAAUGAAAACUAUGAGAAAGAAAAUCAAGAAUCUCAUAUUACUACAGCAGUGUAUCAUACUGUUCCAUUAAAUGUUUUAUUUGCAUAAAAAUAAAUAGAGAGAUCUUGCACAAAAAGUUGUUCUAAGAUAAAAUCCCAAAUUAAAAAAUACCAGAAUAAUUAAUAGCUGCAAUCAUAUAAGACUCUUUUAAAAGAAAUUACAUUUAAUGAAUCUAAUAAAAAGAUUUCAGAUGAAAAUUAGCUAUCUACUAAAGAAUAAUAUAAUAUUAAUGCAAGAAGAAAACUUGAUUUUGAUUUUUUAUCUGAUGAACAAUAUAGUGAAGUAGAAUCACCAAAAUCCUUAGAUGAAUCAGAAAUGGAAAAAAUAGAAAAUAAUUUCGCAUAAUAAAUGAAUGAAAAAGAAGAAUAAAAUAAUAAUUAAAAUCCAAGAAAAAUAUUUGUAAAAGAUAUUUCAAAAGAAAAUAAUUCUGAAACAAAAGAUUAGUUUAUUGGCUAACAAUAUUAGAUAAAUUAAAAACAAUAUUAUUCAGUUUUUGCUUUAGUAGAAAUGAGUAUGAGUGAUUCGGAAAUAGAAGAGGGAUUAAAAAAAGUUAGCCUCGCACACGAAGGCUAUAGUAUCCCUACAAGUGGAUUCAAAUAAGAUAUCGAAAAAUUUUAUGAUGACAUUCACACUAAUAUUGAAGAAUUAAAUCAAAAACUUAUUGGGUUAUUCAAGAAGAAAGAAGAUGAUUUAUGCAAUAUGUAUAAGAGAGAAAUGACUAAAGCAUAAAAGCGCUUAAGAGAAUUGUAAGAAUGCACAAGUGAGUAAGAACUCAACAAGAGAAAAAUAGAAAAAAAGGAAAAGCUCCAAAGAGAGCGCUAAAAAUUUUUGGAAACAAGCAUUUAUUUUUCAAAUUAAUGCAAGGAAUUUAAAAAUACUCUCACCAAGGUUGUUAACACAACUAAAGACUUGGAAGCAGAAAUUAAUUUUUUAAAUGAGCAAAUUGUUUUUGCAGAUAGACAUAACUAAAAGCUUUAAAAUGAGUUGGAAUAACUCAAAGAUGAAAUACAUAAGUUUGAUCCCAAUGCUAAGCUUGAUAAUUUGGAAGAUGUUUUGUCUCUACCUCCUAAGUAAAAAUUGUUUGGAGAAUAAGAUGAUUUUAAAAAUCAAAGUAGUAUUCAAUAGAAUAAUAAAUAAUCAUAAAAUAUUGCAAACAAUAAUAGCAUUUCUGUCAAUCAAAACAAUAAUAAUAAUUCAGUUUAGGGAAAUAAUUAAACAAGUAUUAUGACAAAUGAAUAAUAACAGUAGCAACUAUAAGGUAGUAUAAUGCUCUAAAAUAACACAGGUUUUAAUGCUAGCAGAAUCUAAGGAGUUGGUAAAUAUGUUUCACCAUACAGUAAAAGAUAAAUUAUGAAACCAGGUGGUAAUAUUGAUUAAACUGAUUUGGAAAAAGCAAAAUAAGAAUUAAAGAGAUAAAAAGAAAUUAAUGAAAAAUUAACAGAAUUUUUGAAUGAUCCAUGCUUUUAAGAAACAGAAUUUGAGAAAAUUUUUAUGGAGUGUGUACUAUCAGUAAAGCAAAAGAAAUUGUAACAAACUUAAGCUAAUAAGCUGCCUUAUGUUAAAAAUAAAGAUCAACCUAGUAAUCAAGACGUCACUAACCCUUCUGGCUUCAAGACUGCUGAUUCAACUCUUGACUUUACAACAAUUUCAGAGCUUGAUUUCAAUGAAUUUAACAAAAGACAAAUCUUGGAGGAGUUCUUAUCAAAAGAAGAAAUUAAAAAAUAUCUUUACACUUUAAUAUUCAGCAAUAAUAACAAUUCAAAUCCACCAACAUCUAAGAGCAAGCCAUAAUAAAAAGAAAAUUCAAGCAGAAAAGCUCCAUAAAAUAAGUAGUCAAACUAACCAAACAAUUUUGAAGAGGGAAAUAAUAUGCUUUUAGACGAAUUAAAGAAAUGA